AUGAAUAAGGUAAUCUUCCUUCUUAUCCUCUCUCUCGUCCUGCUCCCUCUUCACGUAAUUGCGGCGGUGGGGCUCGGCAGCUGGACUCCCAUCAAAGACGUUAAGGAUCCUCACGUUGUAAAGAUUGGCGAAUUCGCGGUCUCCGAGUACGACAAAGAGACCAGAUCGAGAUUGACGUUGGUGAAAGUUGUUAAGGGCGAGUCACAAUUAGUCCCUGGUAUGAAUUCCCGGCUUCUGCUGAAGGUUAAUGGCAGCGACACCAGCGAAUAUUACGUGGCGAUAGUAUUGGAGAAGCCGUGGCUGAAAUCAAUGAAACUCACUUUCUUCACACCAGUCGUCGUACCAGCGGUCGCUUCCUUUAACUAG